AUGCAUUCAUGCCAAGCUCAAGAGGAGUUUGCUGAGACCUUGGAAGUGACACAACAAGCGAUUUUAAGCCGUCUUAAGGCCAUGGGGCGAAAAAUGGAUCCAUACCGACAACCCAGAGCGCAAAAAAUCGUGGCGUCAGCCCAUCCAUGCAACAACUUCCACGGCAAAAUCGAAUGUUCAUGGCAAGAAGCAAAUGUUGUGGAUCUGGUGGGAUCAGAGUGA